CUUACAUUAUACUGGUUGACGUCUACAAGGCAAGUGACCCGCUAGUUGUAGAUUGUUCUUUAGUUACGUGAUUACAGUUUGACUUGCGUAAUCAGAAGUAGGCCUACUAGUUCAGUUUUGUGUACUAUGUAAAAGUAUAAACUUCGUUCUGUUUCGUUUUUCCCGUAAUGCAACAUUUUUUGUAGCGAAUAAAGGUAGCGAUAGCCAGUGGUCAGAGUCAGCUGCGCUGUCCAAUCCGAAAAUGUGCUCUGCUGGAUCCACAAUGACGACAAGGCUGAAAGAAGAGGAGGUUUAUGAAGAAAUAAUGGACUGUGAGGAAGAGGUUGACCCUAGAGUUAAGCAAGAGCUAGAAAUACUAAACCAAGCUGGUGGAGAUGUGAACAGACUGGAGAAAGAAAUAGAUGAGGCAAGGGCUAAGUAUCAAACAACAUUCUCAGAGUGUUCCCAGGCUCUGGAGGCUCUCAAGAAGAAAGAUGGUGCCAGCAUCAAAAGAGCACGUCCAUAUUUUGAAUUAAAAGAAGCAGCAAGACAGGCUCAGAGCGAGGCUGUUAGGAGUGCCAGAAAGUUUCAGUCUGCCAACAGUGUUUACUUGGCUGCUAAAGAAACCAUUUCCUUGGCAGAGUUACGGCUGUUGGAUGACAAAACUGUCAGCUUGUCCAAAGCCUGGCAGGAAAUGUUAAACCAUGCAGUAAUUAGGGUAAUGGAAGCUGAAGCAGAAAAGUCAUUAAGUGAAAAAGAUCAUUGCAAAAAAGCUGCAGUUUUCUCUGAAAUGGAGCAAAAACUAAGUGCAUUGGAAAAAAAAAAUAAAAGAUCUAUAAGCAAGGCUCGGGCUUACUUUGAUGUGAAAAAGGAACUGGAGGUAAAGUUACUACAAUUAAAACAGACUGUUGAAGAUCUACAACAAGCUCUGAAGAGUGCUAAACAAAAAUAUGCAGGAGCCUUGAAACGACUGGAGCAAAUUUCAGACAGUAUUCAUGAAAGAAGAAAAUUAAAAUAUAUUUUGAUGUAUCCCAGAGAGCCAGGAGUUGGAGCAGAAGAAUCAAAUGCAAUGACAGAACACCAGUUUCCUUCAUUGUAUACACCUUUGGAUGCUGAUGGCCAAGAAUAUUAUUAUAACUAUGAUGAUAAUGUCUUUAAAAAUGAUGAGGGUGUUGAAGAUGAUGUGAAUGAUAUGGAAAAUGAAAAACUGUUUCGUGAGAUGAUUCUUACUAUAUCCCUGGAUGAUGAUGAUACAUCCUUCAUGAAGCAAACAAAAAGUGGAAGAAUGCUCAUUAGCAGACAAAGGUCAAGAUCUUUACCUACUCUUACAGACAACUGCUUGCGUCCUGGUGACAAACCUUGUCUCAACCGCUCUUUUAAUUUAGAGUUUAGCAAUACUAAUUUUGAGAGUCCUUUAUGGAACAGGGAAGACAGUUCGCCUCCUGAUGGAAACUCCAUGAGUAGUGAUAAAAAUGAUAUCACAGAUAAUUGCAAUGCAACUGUUGAUACAAAUAAUGUCCCUCUGUAUGAAGACAAAUGUUUGACUGCUUCUAAAAAUGACUGUUCAGAAAAUGUGCAACAUUUAGUAAAUGAUAUUAAAUCCUCAAUCUCUAAUUAUAAUCACAAUAAAUCAUUUGAAGAUGAUUUUGAAGGUGAUACAUCAAAAAAUAUGAAUGAUGCACAAAGCUCUCUGGCACCAGUCAAUAACUCUGUCUCAAAAGCUUCUAAUCAUCAAUUACCUGAAAAAGAUUGUGUCACAUCAGAUCAUCUUCCUUCUAACAGUGUCAUAUCUGAUAUAGAGAGAGAUGAAUCUGAUGCCAAAAUUACUACAACUCAUUCUAUUGAUAAAAAGAAAAGUGAUAUUCAAAGUGAUGCAAUAUAUUGUGUUCAGGACUAUGAGACAGAUGACAAGGUAAUCUUUGUCUGAAUAUAUCUGAUGUAUAACCAAUGAGAAUAUGAACUUCAUAACAAGGAUGUUUUCAAAGUAUCCAUUAACCUGUUACAACUGAUGAAAAAUGUGGGCUUUCUUAAAGAUGCAAAUGAUGUAAUCUCUGUAUUUACAAAACAUGUAAAUUUUUAUGUCAAGUAUUUUGUAUCUUUAUUUGUUGUUUUGCUUCUAUUGUUGAGUUGUUCAUUGACUUUAAAGCCUUAAUGGGUGGUAUUAUACAACCUCACUUCCCUUUGUAUUUGUAUUAUGUAUGCAAAUUUAUUUUCUCUCUUUAUAAAAAAAAGUAUUUUAUGUCAAAAUAUUUGACUUCCAGCUUUAACACCUCAAUCAACGAUGUUUAUAAUGACGGGAAAAUGCAAUAAAAUUGUCCAUUAGAUUUAAUUUUGUUAAGACUUUUGUUUCUUAUUGACAAUUAGAAACUUUCAUAAAAAUUUCAGAUUUUGAUUUUUUUAAACAAAAAAGUUAAGCUCCUUGACUCUAGAUUAGAACAUCCCAUUGAGAGGUGGCUGCUUUUGAAUUUGUUUUGGGAGCAUAUAUUGAAAUAAUUCCAUAUUAAGCAGCAAGUUCAGAAAGAUUGGCAAAUGUUAUGAUUUAAAGCAUUCAGUACAUAUUUUUGCAAAUUAGAUGGCUGCCUGAUCAUGUUGUAUGUGUUCUGUCAUCUCACUGGUCCCAGGUUUGAACCCUGCUGCCACCAUUCUCUGCUGUCCAACAGGAGAUGAAGAUAAGCACAUAAUAAAAUUCAAUACUGAAGGAACAUCCAAAACAUGCAAACAAACAAAUUGAAGCUAACUUGUGUAAAAAUAAAUUUGAUUACAUUAAAUUUGUUGGGAAAAUAUAAUUCGUGUGUAUCAAAUUUUAUAUAUAUGCUAAAUUAAAAGACAUUGCUUAGUUCAGCCUGUAUUUAAUUAUAACAUAAAAAGUGGAAAAGUAAUAAUAUUAACAUUUUCUUUAUAUAUAAACAAUUAUGGUUAGUUAAUUGCACCAAUAACAAAAAGCAAAAUUUAAAAAAAUUAUUUUUUUUAAAAAAAAGGUCUUAUCUAAAGAAAUAAUGCAUCACUUACAACUAUAUCUCUCAAUAAUGUUGAAGUUAUCCCCAUUAUUUAAUAUCAAACAUAAUAAAUAUAAUUACCAAUAAUUGAUUGACUAAUAAUAAGUUCAAUUUAAAAAAAUUGAAUCAUGUCUUGCCUAUGCCAAUGAAUAACUGUGCCAAGUUUCAACUUAUCCGAUAAUGGGCGUGGGAGAAAUAAUGUGUUCAAUUAUCUAAGGAGAUGAAAUCCUACAUAUUUAGCCAUAUCUCUCACUAUUGAAGGAUUAAUAUCCCUUGUUGGUGUCAUACAAUAAUUACCAGUAGGCCUAAUUAAUUGACUAAUUGGUAAAGCCCCCCGGGCCCCCAAAUAAUGGCAAAUUCCUACCUAUGCCACUGAUUAAGGUUGAUGAUAAGGUGCAUUAAAGGACUACACAAAUUAUGAGGAAAUGUAGCCUAGCAAUUAUUGUUGCUAUUUAUAUAGAUAUCAAAUAGGGUUACAUGUAGGCCUAAUUAUAAAAAUAAAAUGUCAAAAUCUAAUCAACAUUUAGUUACCUACCAAUCCCGGAUUUCUUUUUUACUUUCAGAAUUAUGAGAAUUUCUUUAGCAGUCUUGGUAAAAAACAAA